AUGGACAUGGAGAGACGAAUGGCACCUGUUUUGGCGGCUGGAAAGAAAGCUGAUAUACGUGGUCUUUGUGAGAGGUGUGACAAGAUCGUAGGCUGGUUCUUCCUGGAACCAAAAGUAUUUAAAGAAAUGUGGAUAGAAGACAAGGUCGGCAAAUUUGAGUCGAUUUGCAAAUUUGAAGUUGAAGAACUCGACCCUAGUUGCAAGAUCUGCAAGUUUCUUUAUUCUAUCAGGCCUGGAAAAGAUAAACGCGUGGUUAGUAGUUAUGUCCUUGCAAGGUCAACUGUAGGAUGCAUGCUUCGCUUCAGGCACACCUUGGACAAGAGUCCUAUUUUUUACCUUACAUCUGAUAUUAUGCCGAUCUAUAGUCAUGAAGGAUUCGGAUUACCUAGGGAAAAUACCCAUGAUACCGUCUUCGGCUUUUCAGGUGUGGAUGCUUACGAUGAUGGAGUAGCUGUACGUCGCCUCUCCUCGAAUGCCGACUUGUCUCUUGUCCGAAGAUGGAUUCGGCUGUGCGAUGAAAAUCAUAUCAUUUCUGACUUUGAUUGCAUGCCAAAGAUUGGUGCUCCGCUUCAAGGCUUCAUGGUGAUCGACUGUGAGGACGGGAGAAAUAUCCUAGUGCCAGGCUAUAGGUACCUGUGGAUUGAUCGAUACUGUGUUCCUCAAACUGAUUCCUCUGGUGUAAAAUCUCUUCUCCUUCAGAAUAUGGGUAAGAUCUAUUCACAAUCUACUCUCACGAUAAUCACCGCUACUACCAAAUGUCCGAGUGAAGGACACGCUGGGAUUACCAGGCCCAGAGUGGUUUCGCAAGAAUCCCUGCAACUGAACUCCGUUCAUCUAGUGCAGUUGAUCAGUAAUAUCCAGAAUGAAGUCGAACAGUCAGUGUGGAAUACGCGCGGGUGGACUUAUCAAGAGGCUUUGUUGUCAAGGCGAAGACUCGUAUUUACGGAGACGCAGUGUUAUUUCCAAUGUGAUGCAGAGGGUAGUCAGAUGGAAAGCAUUGACUAUGGACUUAGAGGCUAUGGUUUUAGUGAAUAUGGUUCAGGGGACUAUGUUCUUAAGGAAGAAGGUGCUAGAGAGUAUCCUUUUUGGGAACGUGGUCCUGGGAACUAUGUUCUUAAGAAGGAACGAAAAUAUAAGCGCAACAACCGCAUCCCAAUCAUAUUCUCCCGAAGACCAAAAUACUCCAUCAAUGAUAAAUUAUCUGAAUUCCAACAGCAGGUAAACGCUUAUACUCAGAGGCAACUCUCGAAAGACUCUGACGUUCUGCCUGCUUUUUUGGGCAUCUUGGGUAUGUUCAAAUCCGAGUGGCCAGACUUUCAUGGACACAUAUCUGGAGUGCCGAUCUUUGAGCUCAGUGGUGAAUACCUCAAUAUCAAUACUACCAGUCCACUAAUAAUGGGUAUUACAUGGCGCUUCGAUACGAAGUUCGAGACCCCCGAGGACGUCGCCCAAGGCGGCUGUACCAAAAAGAAGCCGGACCUUACCCAGUUGGACCUGGUGCGAGAUAUGGUGCAUGACAUGGCGCUCGGCUUGGAAUUUGAGAGCGGAACUAUACUCUCUUGGUCUCGCGAAGCGGAUCUUGCAGAUAUUGUGCAAAAUGCUAUGCUGAUGGGAAAUGUGCACUAUCUCCAUGUUGUUGGGUGGAUCACACAUCUCCGUAUUCCAGUUAGCUUAAAUAACACAAAGAGGUGGAGAAUUUGCGGUCAGUAUGAAAUAGACUUGGUGACAAUGCAUUGGCUUUUGAGGUUGGCAGAAGAGCAGGGGAUGAAUGUUACGGAUAAUGGGGAGUAUGUCUUCAAGGUAUGGAUAUGUGCUUCGGUGACAGAACCUUCUUGGAUUAGUUCUAACGAUGUUCAUAUGAUGCUGCUUGGCGAAACCUCAGAUUCGACCACUUUUGAGCGUAUCGACGUAUGCAGGAUUGAACUAGAAUCGCGACUGAGAGACGAAGAGGAAUGGAAAAGAAAAAGCGUGAUGGAUAUUGGGAAAAUGCUUGGAUGGGAAUGGAAGGCUUUUAGACUUGCAUAA